AAUGUCAAUAAUAAAAUUUUACAAACCUGUAAAACUGUUUUGUCAACAUUAUCACAUUUACAAAACUGUAAGUUUUACCAUCCAGGAGAAAAUAAUACUAUUGGUUGUCAUGGAAAAAUUAUUCGCAUUCAAUGUCAAGUUAAUUUUAUAAAAUUAAUUCCACAUAAUCUUAAUGAAUGUCCAUUUGUAAUUUUAAUUUGCCAUGGAGUUUAUAAUCAUCUACUACCUCCAUCAGCAAAAAUUUCUACAA